AUGCUCAGGAGGCAGAAUGGCCGACGACCGAAAUGUUCCUGAGCCAUUUGAUGAUGACUUUGGUUUAGCAGGAUUUUUGGACGCCAGCGAGGAUGCAGAAAUUCAACAGUUUAUUGACGAUGAGCUUAUGCACCCACGGAAGAGGCUAAAGAAUAGUCUGAUCAUCAAAAGCACUUGUUUCGAGGACCAUGUGUGUUGGAAGGUGGUGGGAGAAGCUGUGGAGUAGGGAAGAAUGGAGGGAAGGAGGAGACGUCGAAGGCCGAGGAAGAGAUGGAUGCAGGUCUUGGAGGAGGACCAUGUGGGUUGGAAGGUGGUGGGAGAAGGUCUGGAGUAGGGAAGGAGGAGAGCAAGUCCAUCUACCGCCACCUCUAUAUAUCUGUGUAAUUUGGAGAUUCUGCAUGGAUCACAGAAGUCGGUGUUUCAGUCAGGAGAUCGCUUUAUUCAGCCGCGUGUUGGCAACAGUUGGCGCAUCAAGUUUCUCAUGAACACAGAGUCUGGCCAGAAUGGAUUUACUACGAAAGAGGCUCGUGAAAAUGGUGACAGAGGGAGUGGGAGAUUGGCAUACGCAUGUCUGCUGAAAAACGAACUUCUUGGCGCCAACAUUCAAGAUCUUAGAGACCAAUGUGAUGAGAGAAGAGCGUUCAUUCCAGGAUCAAAUAUCUUUUCCUUGUCACCACUUAGUGCACAAAGCCAGAAGUUGCUUAGUGCACCGAGAAAGUCAAGGAGGAAAAUAUCAAGAAUACCCUUCAAGGUGUUGGAUGCCCCUGAGCUUCAAGAUGACCUCUACCUCAUUCUUAUUGAUUGGUCUUAAGAGAAUGUGUUAAGUGUGGGAUUGGGAAGUUGCGUCUAUCUUUGCUGUGGAUGCUGUAUUAAAGUUGUGUCUGGAAAUGGCAACUCUGUGAUAUCAGUUGCAUGGAAUGAGCGCGUAAGGAUAGCUGUUGGCACACAUCAUGGCUACGUGCAAGUCUGGGACGUUGCUAUAAGUUCAAAAGUUAAUGAGCUGCAAGGCCAUUUUGACGGAAUUGGAGUACUUGGUUGGAACGGUGAUGUUCUGUCGUCAGAAAGUGGUGAUGUAAUUAUCUUACAAUGUGAUAAUAGUGUCAUUGUGUUUUUGGAUUAUGACACCAUGUGGACUCACAUAGAUACCAGAGCGUUCGAAAUACAUACAGUCUCAAUCUUCAGCUCUGAAGUUAAAGACAAUUCAUCUCCAUAUCAUAUCAUGACCCAGAAGAACAGCAUCAACAUCACCACUCUCCCUUGGCUACCCAAAGAACAUAAUAAGAGUGUGGAAGUAUCCCAGCUUGGACAGGAGGCAGAACUCCCUGGCCAUCCGUAUAGUGUGCCCUACCUGGCCAUGUCACCUGAUGGAGAAGUGAUCGUAACUGGCACUUGUGAUGAGACUCUUCAGUUCUGGAAAGUAUUCGGCAAAGCUCAUUCAAAGAAGGUUAUUCCUGCCAACUUUAGGUCUACUAGAAUG